AUGAUUCCAUUUCACAUCGUUUUUACAGAAUUGAACUUUGCAUAUUUGAGUUUGGUAACGUCACUAUGUUUGGCAAGUCACACACGCAGACACCUCGUUAGCUUCUGCUUCAAGUUAGAAGGAAGUCUACGGAAUGAUGGUAAACUGGGCGCAACUCGUUUUUGCAUUGGUCACACUCAUCACAUUACCAUUGUAUAUGAUGAUAAUGUUGGUAAUCUUUCGGAGACCAAAGCUCUCUCUAUUUCACGUUCUUAUGCUCUCGCAGGGUUUCGCUGACAUAUUUGCUGUAAUCAGCUACGAUUUCUUUACUGUUCUGCGCAACGCUGAGCUAUGCGAUCCCUUUUUCUGGCAAUAUCGAGAUUACCUUGCCAAUGGUGCUAUUAUGUUUAUCAAUUAUUCUAUGUAUCUCCGAUGCACUGGGGUUACAUUAAUAUCAAUACAACGAUACAUUAUUGUUUGCC